AGCGCUGAGCAAUGUCGUCACGUGGUGUUAGUCACAUGACCGUGCAGGAAGUGCGCAGCCACUCGGCAGAGAUGUUUCAGGACUGCUGUUUGCUGUUGCAGUUAUGAACAGUAGGUUACCUGAGAAACAACAGCUGGCCACUGGCUUUUAGCUGUACGAUUUACCUAUUUAUUGUAUUUUAAAUUAAGCUCAUGGCUGCGCCAGGACACCAGCACGCCUCGGAACAAGACGGCCUGCUCUGCUCGAUGGCUCACUACGGCUCCACCGACUGCAUUGGUGAGCAUGACCAUAAGAGUCACUGCAACAACCACAGCGGCCAUUCGUUUCCCACAGCGACAGCACGUCGUUGGGUCAGCACUGGCGAAGAAGAGGAGGCACUUCGCAGAAAGCUGAAAUACUUCUUUAUGAGCCCUUGUGAUAAAUAUCACGCCAAGGGCCGCAAGCCCUAUAAGCUGGUCCUGCAGCUGCUCAAGAUCAUCAUUGUCACAGUGCAGUUAGUGCUGUUUGGCCUCAGUAACCAGGUGGUGGUGACCUUCAAAGAGGAGAACACGAUGACCUUCAAGCACCUCUUCCUCAAAGACUAUGAUGAAUCCUCAGACAGCACAUUAGCUGUUUACACACAGGAAGACGUCUAUGACCACAUCGUCUAUGCCGUGGAGCAAUAUCUGGCCUUACCAGAGACCACAGUGGGACGCUACGCAUACGUUUAUGGGGUCGGUGUGAACGGCAGUGCACUGUCCCUCUGUCAGCAGUACUACAAGAAGGGAUGCAUUGACCCAGCUAACGAUACUUUCACUAUAGACCCUCACGUCAUCACCGACUGUAUAGGUGUAAACCCUCUGUCGGCCCAUCCAGUUCUGCACAGCAGCAGCUACAAGAACUUAACCCUCAAAUUCCACAAGCUCAUUAAUGUCACCAUAGAGUUCCAGUUGAAGGCGAUCAAUAUACAAACCAUCAUAAACAAUGAGAUCCCAGACUGCUACACUUUUUACAUAAGGAUAGUUAUGGACAACAAGGCUCACAGCGGCAUGGUGAAGAUCCAAUUAGAAAAUCACGCAUCAAUAGCUGAGUGUAAAGACCCGAGUGUCUCUGGACACGCUGACAGCUUUUCACGUGUAGCUUUUGAUGUCAUUGUGGCCGUGGUGUGUACGGUGUCACUGCUCCUCUGUGGACGCUCCAUACUGCGGGGCAUCAUACUGCAACAGGAGUUUGUGCAUUUCUUUAAGGAGAGUAUGGACCGUAGAGUGUGCUGGGCAGACCGCCUGGAGUUCAUUAACGGCUGGUACAUCCUCCUUAUCAUUAGUGACAUUCUCACCAUCGCUGGCAGUAUCGUCAAAAUCGGCAUCGAGACUAAGAAUAUGUCCUCCUAUGACCUCUGUGGCAUCCUGCUGGGGACUUCUACCCUCCUGGUGUGGGUGGGAGUCAUUCGCUACCUCACAUUCUUCCAGAAAUACAAUAUCCUGAUCAUCACGCUACGAAUAGCUUUACCCAGCGUGAUCCGCUUCUGCCUAUGCGUGGCCGUCAUCUAUCUGGGUUACUGCUUCUGUGGCUGGAUCGUCCUGGGACCAUACCACGUAAAGUUUCGUUCCCUGGCUAUGGUGUCGGAGUGCCUGUUCUCCCUCAUUAACGGAGACGACAUGUUUGUGACGUUCACAAACAUGCAGGAGAGCAGCACUCUGGUGUGGUUGUUCAGCCAAGUCUACCUGUAUACCUUCAUCUCGCUCUUCAUCUAUAUGGUGCUGUCGCUGUUCAUCGCCCUCAUCACUGGAGCCUAUGAGACCAUUAAGCACCAAACCCAUGAACCCAUCCACAUCACAGACCUACAUGCCUUCAUAGAGGAGUGUACGGAUGCACCGAGCUCUGGGAAGUUUAGGGGUCUGGAAACCUCACCAUGCUCGUUCUUCUGCUGCUGUGACGGAACAAAGACAUAUGAGGACGUCCUACUGGUGAACUGAAGUUGACCUUAGUGACCUCAGAAGCCUUACUAGCCACCACCCCCAAGUAUGCAGGGAUACACUGCAUACUUGGGAUAUCCAUCCUCUUUGUACUGUAUCUGGGCCGGACCAAAGCACUCACCAGAAGGAGGCAUCGCCAUCAGCUGAACUGGCACUCUAGAAGGAUCGUGACCCUGAAUCUACAAAAACAGGAACUAGGGUUCAUAAAGGACAGGACCUUUCUCAGUUCCUUGUUGGCUUUUAAAACAAAACUCAGUGGUUUUAAAUGUAUUUAGUAAUGCUGAACCAGGAACAGAACCUGUAGUUAAGAUACCAAGUGGGUACAGAUGCCAUGAUGGCGAGUGUAGCAGUGCAUACAUGGUGCUGACUGCUUUUAUUGUUGUGCUUUUCACUUUUAUACUAUUUUAAAAUCUGUUAUCUCUUGAGGACAGGGCUCUUGAAGCGAGUCAUUAAAACAGCUCACCAACUGAUCCAACAAUAGAUCCUUUACCCUUCAUCCAGCUUGUUAUUUUGAAAUGGCAUGAUUCAUAACGUAUACAGAAUGAGAAACACAAAUCCACCUUCUAGUAAGAAGUGUUUUUAGACAGUCAGGAAAGAUAAAUAUCUGAGGUCUCAGGUGUGGAACUGUCCGCUCUCUUGUAAGCUGUAUCAAUAUAACUACUAUAUAUACAAUAUAAAAUUUCAAACAGAUUCUUUGGCUGCGGUUCUGCCACACAAGAAUCAUAUUACCUUAAAUAUGGAUCUUUGUUGUGUUGUUGAUUGCUGCAGUAGAUUGUGUUGCCUAUAUCUGUAUGAGGAAUGAUCCAUUGUAAUGGGAUGCACUCACUCACUAAAGAAGCUCUCGGCAUAGCCUGCGAUUAGUUAACAACAAGCACAGCUGUUCUCCAGAGAUAUGUGCAUGUUUCUUUUUAGUGAUGCCAAAGUAUGUCACUUGUUAAUGUUUCCCCACGUUCUUCAUUUCUGGACAACAGCAAUGGCCAUGAACAAAUUUUAUCUGAUAUGUUUUAAAAUAAAAAAGACUUGAUUUGCCUCACAAAAUAGAGCAGGGUUUAGGGCACAUAACAAGAAGACUAAAUCAUAGUGGAAACAUCUGUGUAGUAAUGUCCUGUGAGGCUGUGUGAUUUUUCGUCUGUUUCUUGUCUUCAUAAUGAGCUCCUGUUUAAAACUCUAGCCCAGUGACUUGCAUACAUUGGACACUUGAAUAGCUUUUUAAGAUUUUUCCUUGUUCUUUGUUUCUUUGUUCUUUUUUUUUUCUUUGCUCUGCAUAAAAUGCACAGCAGUUAAAGGAGCCUCUGUCUGGACUCCAGACUGUGUUUUUAGGAUAAUAGUUUACUUUGUGAGAGGAUGAUCUCAGGUUCAAACAAGUUAAUGGAGUGUAAGAUGACUUUUUUUUCACAGUGAUCUUGUAUUCUGUCUAAUAAGCAAACACUGCCACAGUUAAGCUAAUUACUCUUAGAGUCUUUGGAUAAAGAUGGUAGAUGGCUCUUACCAACAGUUUUAUGGUAUCGUGUCUUUAAUACAAAUCAUCUUCACUUGUACUUGAGAAAUGCAAACCCCAAAGUCAUCUACUUUGUGUCAUAUAUACCCCAUCUACUGAUUAAAUUUUCCUGGAUCACC